AUAGGCAUAUAUAAAGCUCUCUAGUUCAGGUUCCUCUCGGUCGACCACGGGGUUUAAAGCCAGCGGCAUAUAUCGACUAGUACCGACAUUCCCUCAGGUACAGGUUAUUUAGCCAAUUGUCCAUUUACCUCAAGAGCUGCAGUUAGACUUCAAGAAUUACCCUGAUCAAAUGUCACUCGGACCGGAUGAAGCACGUCUUAGACUGUGAGACUUAUCUCGCCUUUUCUAGGGAGUAGCAGAAUACACCGAAUAACCGUGUUUCCUGCGUCCGCGCGUUGCAGCGGGAAGGCGCGCACAUUGCUCCACAGUCCACACAUUUUUCGCGUUAGCGCUUUUGCCGAUACGGCGCCGUCUGCGGUGGUUCCCUUACGGCCGACACCAUGAGGAUACGUUCUGAUCCCUUCCUCAUACUGGUCUUCCUCAUAUCGCUCUGUUGUUGUUUGAUACCGGAUGGAAUUACCGCCAAGAAAGUCGCAUCUGUUUACGAUGCAGUGCAUUAUCUUGGCCAGUUCGGCUAUCUUCCUAGCGGACAACAAAGAGGACUGGGUUACCAAAUAACGCGCCAGGAAUUUUCCAAAGCCAUUCGCCGGUUUCAGAGUUUUGCCAAUUUACGUACAACAGGUUACUUGGACAGUGAGACCAUCAGGAUGAUGAAUACACGUCGGUGUGCUAAUCGUGAUGUGGAACAGCUUAAUACGGCCCUUGGUCUAUUCCGUGCUAAACGCUUUGCCACGGCCGGCGCCUGGGACAAGCGCAGUUUGACAUGGUCAGUGCGUGAGUUCCCACCGCGCGAUUCAGCCACAACCCUCACUGACGCACAGAUUCUGCAAGUGAUUCGGGAGGCGUUCAGGCUCUGGGCCGAGGGAUCGAGCAAUCUGCUGACGUUCAGCGAAAUCCAAAAGGAUAGCGCUCGUCAAGCCGACAUUGACAUUCGCUUCACUAAAGGAGUCUUGCCCAACGGUUUAAUCUUCGAUGGCCCCGAUGGAUUGGCAUCGUAUUCAUUCUAUCCAACCAACCCCGACUUCCCUGGUGACAUUUACUUUGAUGCAUCCGAAAAAUGGGCCCUGAAGGACGAUGGUAUCAACCUGCUGCAAGUGGCCACACAGGAGAUUGGUCAUGCUCUGGGUUUGGCCCAUUCCGACGACCCCAACGCGGUGAUGUGGCCGUUUUACGUAGGAUUCGAGGAAAAUUUCCAGUUGGGCCAAGACGACAUCAACGCCAUCCGCGCGCUUUAUGGUGGUUCUGACCAGUCACGAGGCGGCACUGUGGCGGGAGGUGGAGCCAGCGCGGCUGAUAAUGAUGCGGUGACCGGGAAGAAAGAAGCCGUAACCGCCAUGGCCGUCACAACUACCACGACAACCACCACCGAGCGGCCGUUUCCGGCAGUCCCCUCUCGAAUUCCUUUCAUUCCCGGCCCUUCAGCGACCGGUGCGGCGCCCAAUCCAGCGGCUACAGACCCCUGUCAAGUGGGCUUUGUGCCUGAUGCCAUUGUCCAGACACGAGAUGAAAACAUGUACCUAUUCAAGAAUAACAAUUACUGGCUCAUUCGUUAUAGCGAAGCUAAAGGCAUUGAAAUACCGCCCGGAUAUCCGAAACCCAUCUCAGACUGGGGCGGCAUACAGGGCCCUAUCGACUCAGCAUUCACCGGUCUCAAAGGCAAGACAUACCUGUUUAAGGGUAAAGAAUACUGGAAGUUUGACAACAUGGUCAAAGAGGGUGGUUAUCCGCGUCUCAUUGCCAAUGGCUUCCCCGGCAUUCCGGACAAUAUUGAUGCUGCUUUUGUCUGGCCUGGCGAUAACCUCACUUACUUCGUGAAAAACAAACAGUUUUACACAUAUGAUCCAAAGCGCUUCCCUCCGACACGCGGUGCCCAGGACCUGCUUUUCGAUGGCGUCCACACUGACGUGCAUGCUUCCUUCUUAUGGUUGUCGUUCAAUCGGGCCAUCUUGAUCAGCGGUACUCAGCUUUAUGGCCUUUCGAAUUCCAAAUUUGAGAUUGCGGAAGGUUUCAACUUCCCGGCUGCCUUCCUGUACGACUGCGCCGAAGCGGCCAAUAUGCAUUAUGGACGCCCACGACCUCGGCCAAAGACAUCCAAAGAAAUGUUUAAGAGAUUAAGAGAAAUGCAGACGAAGAAAAAAUAAGAAAUAAUGUGUUUGUUUGUAAUCAGUUGAAAUUGAACAGUAUAUGCUCCGGAAAUACGUUGAGACAUUUGCUUGUGUACUCCAACGGAAACGAGCUCUAGAAUUCUGCAUUGGUGCAGAUGGUCAAAUGGACAUACUGUAUUUCCGACUGUGUGCAUAGUUGUGAAUAUGGAAUUGCCUUCUCGUAUUGCUUAUGCAUCUUUUUUUGCUUGCGCUGUA